GGUCACAGAGGUAUCACCUGCUUCAUCGUGGACAGAGACACCGAGGGGCUUCAGAUCGGCAAGAAGGAGAACAAACUGGGUCUGAGAGCUUCUUCAACCUGUCCUCUCAACCUGGACAACAUCAAGGUUCCUGAGAAGAACGUCUUGGGUCAGAUCGGCCACGGAUACAAGUACGCCAUCGGCAUGCUGAACGAGGGCAGGAUUGGGAUCGCCGCUCAGAUGCUGGGGCUGGCUCAGGGUUGCUUCGACCAGGCCGUUCCCUACACCAGACAGAGGGUUCAGUUCGGCAAACGCAUCUUCGACUUCCAGGCCAUGCAGCACCAGAUCGCCCAUGUAGCCACCCAGAUAGAGGCUGCCAGGCUGCUCACCUACAACGCUGCCCGGCUGAAGGAGGCAGGACGACCUUUCAUCAAGGAGGCCUGCAUGGCCAAGUACUUCACCUCAGAGGUGGCAACGUUGACCACUUCAAAAUGCAUCGAGUGGAUGGGAGGGGUAGGCUUCACCAAAGACUACCCUGUUGAGAAAUACUACAGAGAUUGUAAAAUAGGUACCAUUUAUGAGGGCACAACCAACAUCCAGCUGUCCACCAUGGCCAAGUUUAUAGACAAGGAGUAUGAUCACUGACCUCCUGCCCUGAUCAUCGUGUAGACUGAUCUCCUGACCUGACCUCCUGCCCUGGUCUGGCUGUUUCCUCAUCGUGUAGACUGACCUCCUGACCUGAUCUCCUGCCCUGGUCUCCUGACCUGAUCUCCUGACCGUAUCCUCAGCAUGGAGACUGACCCUACCUCCUGACCUGGUCUCCUGACCCGACCUCCUGACCCGACCUCCUGACCCGACCUCCUGACCCGACCUCCUGACCCGACCUCCUGACCCGAUCUCCUGACCCGACCUCCUGACCCGACCUCCUGACCCGACCUCCUGACCCGACCUCCUGACCCGAUCUCCUGACCUGACCUCCUGACCCGACCUCCUGACCCGACCUCCUGACCGUCAUACACUCCUCUUUGUGACCAACUGGUUUUUUAUCAGUCGUUGUUGAACUGUUGUGGGAUUCAGGGCUCUAUUCAAUCUGAAUGGUUGGAAGUUCAGCGUUUUACAGCCAUGAUAUGAACAUUAUAAAGGCCCGUGUUCCCGGGUUUUAGUGGAGACCGUAGACAACCCUGUACCACUUCAGCCACCCAGACUGAAUAGAGCCCUUCGUGUCAGACAUUACUGUAGAGGUCAAUGGUGAACCACUGCUGACUAUAUAGUACUAGAGGAUGCUCCAUCAUCAUGUUCACCUAGUCAAUGUAUCUGCUGCUUUCCACUAUGGAUGGAUUAAUGGUUACUGGUUCCAGACCUGGAGAUAGAUAGUGUAACGUAGCUCUGGUGUGUUGGUAUUGUUGUGUGUUCAACUGUUUUCAGACCUGUAGAUAGAUAGUGUAAAGUAGCUCUGGUGUUUUCAACUGGUUCCAGACCUGUAGAUAGAUAGUGUAAAGUAGC